AUGCAUUCAUUGGCGCAGAGAGUGAGCACAUGGAGUUCGACGCUCACGACGGCGUUAUUCACGGUGGCGGUGCUGAUGUCCGUGCUCACGUGGGUCGGCAGCAGCACAGACGGCGUGCAGUCGUUGCGGGUUCGGAACGUGCAGGCGCAGGUGUCGCUUAAGAACACGCGGAACUACGGUGGCACGAAGACGAAGCCGAAGGAGAACGCCCGGUUCAAGUUUGACCUGGUGGCGGACUUCUCGGGCGUGGUGGACUGGAACACCAAGCAGGUGUUUGCCUACGUGUUUGUCGAGCUGGACGAGCCGUCGGCCAAGGAGGAGGAAAGCAAGCUGGUCGUGUGGGACAAGAUUCUUACAGACCGGAGCAGCAUGUACAUCAACACGAAAAACGUGAAGUCGAAGUACUCGGUGUGGGACUAUGCGCCCGACUUGCACGGCCGCACAGGCCGCUUCAAGCUUGGGUACAACGUGCAGCCCCACAUCGGGCCGUUGAUCUUUGGCGAGCUCGACCUCAACCAAACCAUCACUUUCCCUGACGUCAAGAAGUAG